UCCUCUUCCAUUGCCAUAUAUAUUCAUAAGUUCAAAGCGUGCUCUUGAUAUAGCCCCUUCACUACAACUAGAUUUUUCCCUUUUUUCUUUUUUUAAUAAGAAAGUGGAAAAUCUCUCUCCUUUUUGGCUAUCUCCUCUUAAUUGAAUCUCUCAGUUCAAGAGCUCAGGGAGUGUGUUCGUUUGAUGUGACGUUUUUUUUGGGGGCUAAUGGUAAUGAAAAUGAGGGUCAAGGAAAUGCACCCGCUUUGCUGCAUCUCGCUGGAGAGCCCCGGAAUCGGGAACCAGUCGCCUGAUGCGUCGUUGACCAGGACGAGAUCCUUGCCUGUUGGGUUUUCCGGCGGAUCUGAUGGCAAUGCGGGGCGGAUUACAGCGGGAUCGGAGGCUACCGUAGCUGGAGUGCUAUACAAGUGGACGAAUUACAGCAAGGGGUGGAGAUCACGGUGGUUCUUACUUAAAAACGGCGUUCUCUCUUACUCAAAGAUUCGGCGGCCUGAGAAUCUGAAUUUGUUAACCCCUAAUGAUGAUGUGAGACUGAUCGGAGAAAUCUCUACCAAUCGGCUAUCGAGGAUGGACAGUGGAAGUUGUCGCCGGAAGCCGCAGAAAAGUGUUGGCAUUGUUCAUUUAAAGCAGAUCUCGUCAUUCCGAGAGAGCAAGUCCGAUGAUAGGCGAUUUUACAUAUUUACAGCUACGAAGACACUUCAUCUGAGAACUGAUUCAAAAGGAGAUAGGGUGGCUUGGAUACAAGCUUUGGUCUCAACCAGGAGCCUCUUUCCAUCAAGAUCACUAAAUGAUAGUUUCUCCCUUGUACCAAAAGAUUUGUCUAUUUCAACAGAAAGGCUUAAAAAGCGCUUACUUGAAGAGGGUGUCAUUGAGAACCUAGUCAAGGAUUGUGAGCAGAUCAUGCUGUCUGAAUUCUCCGAAAUACAAGGACAACUUAAAUUACUUUGCGAGGAACGCUCCAAUUUGCUAGACACAUUGAGGCAAUUAGAGGCGGCCAAUAUUGAAGCUGAAACAUCUGGAAUUCCAGAUGGUGAAUUUCAAUUGACAAAGCAUGAAUUUUCAAGUUUAGGGCGUGGAAAAUUAAGUGAAUGUAGCACUACAGAAUCAUCUGAUGAUAUUGAGAAACAAGAAUUUGAGGAAGUGUCAGAAGAAGAUGAGGUCUCCUUUUACGAUACAAAAGAGUAUUUUACUGAACCUACAGUUAUUCAUGGAUCAAUAAAAGAAGCUGCCAGUCAGUGUGAGAAACACAGGGAACACAAUCAAAUUGAUAAUGAGGAGAAGAUGCUUGCCAAGAUGCAACUUUGUCAUUCUGGAUAUCCACACAUUGAAAGGCGAAAGAAGCUUCCUGACCCAGUUGAGAAGGAGAAAGGGGUUAGUCUGUGGUCUAUGAUCAAAGACAAUGUGGGGAAGGAUCUCACACGAGUUUGUCUCCCUGUUUACUUCAAUGAACCAAUAUCAUCUCUUCAGAAGUGCUUUGAGGACUUGGAGUAUUCUUAUCUUUUGGACCAAGCAUAUGAAUAUGGAAAAGGAGGAAAUAGUCUCCUGAGGAUCGUAUAUGUUUCUGCAUUUGCUGUUUCUGGAUAUGCUUCUUCUGAAGGCAGGCACUGCAAACCCUUCAAUCCUUUGCUUGGAGAAACUUAUGAAGCUGACUUUCCUGAUAGAGGAGUUCGUUUCUUCUCUGAGAAGGUUAGUCAUCACCCAACUCUCAUUGCCUGCCACUGUGAAGGUAGAGGGUGGAAGUUUUCAGCUGAUAGCAACCUCCGCACAAAAUUUUGGGGUCGGUCAAUUCAGCUUGAUCCUGUUGGAGUUCUGACCCUGGAGUUUGAUGAUGGUGAAAUAUUUCAAUGGAGCAAGGUGACGACAACGAUUUACAAUCUUAUCCUCGGUAAAGUGUAUUGUGAUCACCAUGGAAUAAUGCAUAUACGUGGAAAUCGACAAUAUUCAUGCAAACUCAAGUUCAAAGAACAAUCAAUUCUAGACAGAAAUCCUCACCAGGUUAAUGGGUUUGUUGAAGAUGUCUCGGGGAAAAAAGUUGCUACAUUAUUUGGGAAGUGGGAUGACAGCAUGUAUUAUACUGAAGGCGAUGGGAGUAGCAAGACAAAAGAUUUCAAUUCCUCAUCUAGUGCCACCUUGCUUUGGAAAAGUACAAAGCCACCUCCUAAUGUCACUCGGUACAAUUUAACGUCAUUUGCGAUCACUCUGAAUGAAUUAACACCUGGACUGAAGGAGAAGCUCCCACCUACGGAUUCCAGGCUUAGACCAGACCAACGGCAUCUGGAGAAUGGGGAAUAUGAGAAGGCAAAUGCAGAGAAACAACGGUUGGAGAAGCGGCAAAGAAUGUCGAGGAAAUUACAAGAGCAUGGAUGGAAGCCCAGGUGGUUUCAGAGAGAAGGUGAAGAUGGACCUUUCUACUAUGCUGGUGGUUACUGGGAAGCACGAGAACAGGGAAAUUGGGAGGGAUGCCCAAAUAUUUUUGGUGAAUUCAACGAAGAUAUUGCACAAUCCUUUGAAGGGUCUUGACUUUUAUUUAGCAGAAAGAACUGUCACAGAGACGCUGUGCGCAUUAAUUGGUGUGGCUUCCGGAUUCUAGCCACUUACAAGAUCCUGGUCCAAGGCGGCAAGUUUUCCAGCGAGUGAAGAAAGUCAUUUUUUCAUUUUACAGAGGAUAAUAUUUCUUUGUAGCAUAUUAUUUCUAAUUGUCUGCUGUAGGGAUGUUGUUUGUGUAAUGUAGUUUCUCUCUUGUGUAGUUCCUUGAAUUGUACUGGCUAGCAGCUGAUAAUUUUAUUUUGAUAUUUAUUUGUAUUUCUUUGCUAGAAAUAAAUGAAAAAAAGAAAAGGAAAAAGGAAAUGUAUCAUUAUCAUGAUUCAAAAA